AUGAGAGCAGUGACGAGAAAUAAAAUAGUCAAUAACCUGUACUUUUCCACGUUUCUUAUUGCAUUUGCAUCAGUGGCCAUCGGUUCUGUAUUGCCAUGUCCAGCACAUUCUGUGGAUUCUGAUUCGCCAGCUGUACGGCAGCAUAAACUUCAGCUUGCUCACGAGCAGGAGUUAAGGAGGAAGGGUGCCUUAAGGAAGGAGAUUUAG